AUGAGCCUCUCAGCGCUCCCCGUCGAGAUAAUCUCAAAUAUCCUAACAUACACAUCCCCAUUAACGCGAGAACCCUCGGAUAGCGUUCGAAGGCCCGCUGUCGUGGCUUUCUUCCGGCUAAGACUGGUGUGCAGACUCUACGACAGGCUGAUUGUCGACUACUUCCUGACAACACCAGAUCUGUACCUGGAGUUUAUCAACCCCUCCGCUGACCAUCUGGGCCUCGACCCUACGCCCGCGGGCAAAAUGGCCAUGGGCCAUCGGCUGCUGCUUCGCCAGAUCGAGCGCGCGCAGCCGGUGGCCGGAAAAUGCUGCUCGAAAUCCUCACUUCUGAAGGAGAUCGUCGCGACGGUAAAUACCGCUGUUGUGUGUCUGUCUGGCGAGGACGGUACGGAUCCUGCCGAGCUCCGCAGACUUUAUACGCACGGCCUCGUCUCUGCGAUUGUCGAUAUGGCGCGGCCAGAAAUGCCGUUGAUGGAUAUCGUCAAAGACGAGGAGUGCUGGGUUUUCGAUGAGACGGACCGGACUUUCUGGGCUAUCCAUGAUCCCAGCCAGCAGGACUUUCUUGACAUGGCGUUGACGGUCGCGGCGACUUUGGGCCGGCUGCGGGAUAUGAAGGUCUUGAUGCGAAAGGGUGCUCGGAUUCUGAGUGAGGAGCCUGAUGACGAGGACGACGAAUGGCCCAAUGGGCCGUGGGUGCCCGCGGCCCUCCACGGGGCGGCUAUUGGCGGACAUGUCGAGGUGAUGAAGUUCUUAGUCGAGGGAUGUGGGCUCAGCGCGGAUUUAAGCAGCUAUAAUACGGGCGAGAGAGCGUUGCAUUACGCCGCUAGGGGCGGGCACGCGGAUGCUGUGGGUUACUUGCUGGGCCUUGGUGCGAAGCCGGAUGUGCCCAACGAUGCUGGACAGUCGCCUUUGUGUAUUGCUGCUGGGCUCGGGCAUGGCGAUAUCGCUAAGAAGCUUUUGCAUCUGGGCUUCGACGACGAAGAGGCUGCGAAAAGGGCACUGGAGGAUCUGAAAGCAGCGAAAGACCAGCCACCUCGAUGGAAACCCGAGAACUGGCUUUCUCGGUACGAAAGCACCGGGUUCGUCGACGUCAACGGGCAGGAUGGCCGCGACAGAACGGCGCUGACUAUAGCGGUCGAGAGAGAGCAGCUAGCUUGUGUCGAGGCGAUCCUGUCGAGAGCGGAUCUGGAUGUCAACUGCCGGAGUCCUCGGCACUACAAUCAGACCCCUCUCGCCAUGGCAGCGUGCUUUGGCCGAGAAGAUAUGUUUGAUCUUCUGUGGGCUCACCCAGACAUCGACACCUUGGUCAGAGACCACGGCGGAUAUGACGUGCUGAUCUAUGCUGCACAAGGCGGGAACGAAAACAUCGUCAAGAAGAUCCUUCAAAGCCACCCCCGCAAGAUUUCCUGUCGAGGCAGGGACGGAUCUACGGCGCUGAUGUGGGCUGCAGCGCGCGGGCACGAUUCAGUUGUGAAACUUCUCAUGGCACAUGACGGCAUCGAUGUCAAUGCUUCAACAGAAGAAUUACAUGUCCUCAUUGAGAAUUCUGACCCGAACAACCGCCAAUACAAUGAGUCAGCUGAGCGUGUGGCGGCGCAGGAUGGGCGUAUUUUUGCAUGGGAGAAUGACAGGCUGGCGAUCCUGUUUGGACACAAUGCCUUGGAUGCGGCAGCGCGCGCUGGCCGUGAGAGCACUGUGAAGCUGCUACUGGAAGAUCCGCGUGUUGAUAGAUUCAUGGCUGAUCGGUCCCAACGGAUACCGCUGAUCAACGCGGCCAUCGCCGGCGAAUUGGGCGUGGUGAGGGUGUUUCUGGCCCGCGAUGGAGAAGACGUGAAUUGGUGCGACCACUGUGGUGAGACUGCCAUUACAAAUGCAGCUGCAGAAGGGCAUCGUGCGGUAGUUGAGUCCUUGCUGCAGUAUCCUGGCAUCGAUAUCCGGGACAUGCUCGCUGCCGCCGCAAGCGGGGGUCAUGAGGAUAUAGUGAAAUGGCUGAUCGAGUCGAGCAUUGUUACUGACCGGUCUGAGAUAGAAGAGGCUAUGUAUUCCUCGCAACACGCGGGCCAUCAAGCAAUCUACUCAUAUCUGUCAAAGUACUGGAAAAGGAUGGCACCGCCACGGGACAGACACUGGUUUGCAUAA